AUGUUCAGCUCAGACUCCACUGCAUUAUCGAUCAUCCGACCAGUCACAGGGUCCCUCUCAGGGAAAGUAAAUCUUCCCUGCUUCUUCUCCACAAUCCCAACCUCAGCACCCGUCAUAAGUCCCAAUGGAACAGUCAUAUACAGCGAGGAUUACUUGCGGAUCAAAUGGAGCAAAAUACAGGGAGGAACUGAAUCCACAGUUUUAGUGGCACAAAAUGGGGUCAUCAAGAUAGGUUCAAGCUACAGGAACCGUGUAUCAGUGCCCAGUCACCCUGAAGAUGUUGGUGAUGCCUCACUGACAAUGGUAAAGCUACGUGCCAGUGACGCUGGUACUUAUCGUUGCGAGGUCAUGUACGGCAUUGAAGACACCCAGGAUACAGUUAAUCUUGAUGUCAGCGGUGUUGUUUUUCACUACCGAGCAAACACCAGCAGGUACACUUUGGACUACCAGAAGGCUGUACAAACUUGCAAAAAUAUUGGGGCAACCAUUGCUACCUUUGAGCAACUGAAAGCAGCCUAUGAGGAUGGCUUUGAUCAAUGUGAUGCUGGUUGGAUUGCUGACCAGACAGUGAGAUACCCAAUUACAGAACCAAGAGAGGGCUGCCAAGGGAACCUUCCCAAUAAACCUGGCGUCAGGUCAUAUGGAACCAGGAAACCUACAGAGACCUACGAUGUAUACUGCUAUGUCGACAAACUGGAGGGUGAAGUUUUUUAUGCUCCUGUGACCUAUAAGAUGACUUUUGAAGAGGCCCUUGAAGAGUGUAGAAACAGGAAAGCUGUCCUGGCAAGCCCUGGACAGCUGCAUGCUGCCUGGCGACAGGGAAUGGACAGAUGUGACUACGGCUGGGUCUCCGAUGGCAGCGUCCGACAUCCUGUUGCAGUGGCCAGAACUAAGUGUGGUGGAGGCCGACUCGGUGUCAGGACCAUGUAUCGCUACAGAAACCAGACUGGCUUCCCAGAACCAACUAGAAAGCUUGGGGCUUACUGUUUUAAAGGAAUUAACUCAUGCGCAGAGAACAUUUGUCUAAAUGGAGGAUCUUGCUGGAAGAGUGGCAGCACCUAUGCCUGCCACUGUGCUCCUGGUUACAGUGGUCAUCGAUGUGAGAUAGAUACUGAUGAGUGUCAGUCAAACCCUUGCCGCAAUGGAGGUACAUGUGUUGAUGGCUUGGCUUCUUUCACAUGCAUGUGCCUCCCAAGCUAUGCUGGGCUGUAUUGUGAGGAGGAUACAGAAACAUGUGACUAUGGCUGGCAUAAGUUUCAGGGGCACUGCUACAAGUACUUCCCCCAGAGGAGAAACUGGGACACAGCAGAGAGAGAGUGCCGCAUGCACGGGGCUCAUCUCACGAGCAUCCUGUCUCAUGAGGAGCAACAAUAUGUCAACCGUCUUGGACAGGACUACCAGUGGAUCGGUCUCAACGAUAAGAUGUUUGACAAUGACUUUCACUGGACUGAUGGUAGCCCUAUGCAAUAUGAAAACUGGAGGCCCAACCAGCCUGACAGCUUUUUCUCUUCUGGAGAAGACUGUGUAGUAAUGAUAUGGCAUGAGGAUGGUCAGUGGAACGAUGUUCCUUGCAACUACCACCUCACUUUCACCUGCAAGAAGGGCACAGUGGCCUGUAGUCAGCCUCCUGUGGUAGAGAAUGCACGCACCUUUGGGAACAUGCGUGAGAGGUAUGAGAUUAACUCACUGGUGAGGUACCAGUGCCGCACAGGCUUUAUUCAGAGACAUGUCCCAACCAUCCGUUGUCGUGGGAAUGGACGAUGGGAUGUCCCUAAAAUCACCUGCAUGAACCCCUCAAGCUAUCAGCGGACCUUUAUCAGACGGCAUCAGCACAAUAGACUCUACAGCAUCAACAACUUCAAAAGCUCGCAAGAUGAGUCCUUCCACUUUCAUCAUCAGCGCUACAGAGGAAGGAGGAAUGGAGCAUAAGUGGAAGACACGGUGAUUACCAAAUAACAUAGCACAGCCUACCUGAGACGAGAACACAUGCCUGAAGCUUGUGUGGAAGGAGCAAAAAGGAAAAAGCACAAGAGAAAACUCAUCAAAGAAAGAAAAAGGGAUAACCUGCAGUUUUCUUGCAUUUUGGAUAACGACGGAAUCUUACAAAGUGCCUUUUUGUAGAGAUGUAGAUACAAGACCUUUCUUGUCAAGGGGCACUGUUUUAUAACGAUGCCAAUGUGGAUUAUAAAAAAAAAGAAAAACAAAACCUUUCAGCUGGCUACUGGAAAAGCAAGAACUACUCUCAUUUAAGGGGCAAAUUCUACUCUGACAUGGUUUGGCAGGUUUUCUGUAUAGUAGUUAUUCAGAUUACAGAUUAAAAUAUCACCCAGGACUGGGGAAAAUCUUUCACUGACCGCUGGGUUAUCAGCUUCUUUGUGGUGGCAGCUUUUAGUGCCUAAUUACCACCUUUCAUUUCUCUUCUGCUUUCAUUGGAUAUACUGUAUGUCAGUCUAAAUGUUUAUAAAGAGAUUUCUAUGGAAAGAUUUUUUUUAAAAUGUUACUGACAUUUCUUUUAUAUGAGACAGUUCAAUAUGAAAGACUGCUUUCUAAGUACUUAUCGACAAAGCCUUUAUCCACAGAUGGAAAUUGAUGACCAUCAUCUAUUUCAAAACGAAAGAAGGGAAGCAUGGCUGAAGUAGCCUCUAUUUUCUACUCAAGUAUGUUCAGUGCAUAGCCUGUAAUUAGUCUCAGCAGCAUGUUUACAAUAACUUUAAUGCUGUGCAUAAUCACACACCAGCGACUCUUACUGUUGUCUGUUGUGUGGUAGCUUAUAUGUAUGUUUUUCUUCUUCUUCUUUUGGUAUGAUUUCUAAAAAAAAAAAAAAAAAAAAAAAUCUUUUCUGUUAUUGUGGUCAAUUAAAAUCAGCCGUUGAGAGAAUGUAUUUUGUGAAACACUCAGAAAGACUUGAACGUAACAGCUGUUUAGGCAGAGAUGCAUAUAAUUUAUUUUCAAGCUGCUCUUGAUCUCUUUACUUGUUUUACUGAUAAAAUAUGAUUCUGUCGCUUGGCCCAGCAGUUCUCUUUAAACAUUUGUAUUGUUUGUUCAACAGGACACCCGCAGCAUUCACUGACUAACAGCCUAAAAGAAAUUACUCAACCAUAUCAUCAAUGUACAUGUUUUUAAUGCCAACAGUGGACCAAAGAACUCAGAGAGCCACAUCAGCAAUAAUCUGCAUCAAUUUUGCUCAGUAACAUUAACAGACGUGAAAAAUUUUAAAGGAGAAAUGUUGUUUUGUUGUCUGAUUAUUUGUGUGUGU